GUCUGUCUGUGCAUCACCGCUGCAGCCGGCCGGAAACAGAGGUCGUUAUCAAAUAGCACAAUGUAAGGUUUUUAAUGCCAGCACAUCAUGACCGCCUGCGAAGGAAACCACGGUGUCAGCGAUUUGGUACAAGAUGAGCAGCAGAUGCUGGAUGCAGCGAGGUGGCUGCUAGGAUACCAGACUGGGAGGGGGGUGAUGGAUGAGGAUUUUAAGAAAAAAGAGAGGGAGCAGAGGAGGAAACUGCAGCACUUUCUGAGUGACUUGGCCCUGCUUGGAUCAUUACAGGGCUUUAAAUAUUUCCAGCCUUGGCUAAGAGGGAAAGAGGAGCUGCUGCUGACCGUCGUUAAUGAGGAUCUGGGAUGGCGCUCCCCGGGUUUUGUGGUGUCAAGAGCCUCCUCCUGCUCCUCCACCAGCAGCUGUAACAGCAGCGAUGUCUCCCCCAGCAGCAGCUCCCCCAACCUGGACAGCCGGAGCAGCUCGCCCCUACCAGGGGAGCCUCCGGGCCCACAAGACCCGCAGUCGCACACACGCACCAAGACGCAGCCGCAGAGCGCCAGGGACCCCAUGGGUGAGGAGCAUCUCCUCCCAGCCUCCCCCAGUGAAAGAGAGAUAGCAGUGCCUGAGGUGAACUGCACUCUGUUCUUACUGGCUGGCUAUGUCAAGUACGGACGGCCCUACGCCUGGAUACGCUCCAAUCACGAGCGCCUGGUCAACAUCGGAGGCACCGAUUCGAUGGUCAAGGACACGCCCAUGAAACUCAAGUCCAUCUCAGACUGGCAGACACGAGGUGUUCGUGUGUGGGACAUUGUCAGUGAGCUGGUGUGCCUGUGCACCAUUCCCUCUCCCUCCAACCCCUUCGCCCUGGACAUGCGUUACAUCAAAAACCUUCCCCUUCCUGACCUCUUCCUCGUCACAGGUGCUCUCCUCAGCUUCCUGGAGAUGUAUGUGGUGUACGGGAACCGGGACGAGUUGCACUAUGACAAAGUCGUAGAGGAAGUGAAGCCUCUGAGGCGUCUUCAUGUCCAGUCCCUGCUGGACUUACAGCGACACAGAGAGAGCUCGGGGUUGAGCAGCAGUCCCACCGUGCAGGACUCUCCUGGACACGAGUGACUAUGACUGUUCCUCUGAGAUCCACAUGAAGAUGGGAUUUGCUUGGUGCAGUUGUACUGACUUUUUUGGGGGAAAAAGCAGGCAACAAAUAGGUGUGAAAGUGCAUCAAGAGGAUAUAAGUCAUUUGUUUCAUUUUAAUGAUAUUUUUUGUUUGUCAUGAUUUCUUGAUGUAACCUGCGUGAACAAAAUUUGUUUGUUUCAAGGUUGUCCAGUUGGAGCUGCACCUCUUGCUUUACUACAGUUGUAAGGUUGUCACAUGUAUGAGUAUUUGAAAAUGUGAUAAAGCUGGAGAAGUAACCCUGG